UAUAAAUUAACUAAAGCAUAAAUUUAGUUUCUUCUAUGGUUUGCUUUUGCACCGCUGCUUAAGAUUAAAUAUUGUAUUCUCCGCGACCCGUCAUACGGAAACAGGAUGAACGUGGCAGCCGGCGACAUCAUUCUGGAACGGGAUCCAUGGGUGUGGGCCUUCCAGUGGAGCAAAUAUUCCACCAUCUGUGCUGGAUGUUUCUUUCCUUUGGAGAUCGUAUCUCACAGUCCGCUGUCAUGCCCAGGAUGUCGUACCCAUCGUUACUGCAGCGAACAGUGUCAGAAUGCUGACUGGAAAGUGGAGCAUAGUUUCGAGUGCGCAUUGAUGAAGCAGCUCACCGAUUAUCGACAGCAAGUGGUAUGCCACCCGGAGCUGGAGAAACUUUCUCAAGAUCGACCCGCCAUGCAUGGACCACACCAGAUCGACAAUACGGUGUUCGCUGUAGGCGUUCUUUUGACGCUGAAAGUCCACAACAAAAUCCAGAAGUCCAUUAUGGACUCGAUCCCUGCACUGGACGGCAAGCGAUCUGCCAAAGAAAUUAUCCAGUCAUUCGACGCCGAUCGCUCUACGAGUGAAGCACAGAAAAUCAUCAAGUUUACGAAAUCCGUGACUUUUAAAAACUUCCUAUUGGCCAUAUAUGCGAAGGAUGCCGAUCGACCAACUGAAGAAGAAUGCGCUGAUAUCUUGAUACGCGUCUCGCAGAACGUCCAUCCAGUGUGGGACCAUAACCGUGAGGGUACCGGUCCGCAACAGUAUGGUGCUGGAGUGUUUUUGGCUAUGAAAAAAAGCCAGUCCCUGACGGUGUGUUUGGAUUACAACACCAUGGCCAUUUUUCCGGGAAAGAUGCUGCGACUGGUGGCCAUCGAUGACAUUCCGAACUACCGCGGAUGGAAAGAUAUACGCUUGUUCGAACCUUCUUCGCAUGACAUGAUGCACCCUGUGAAACAGCGGCGCGAAUAUUUCCAACAAAAGUACGGACGCGAAUGCGGUUGUCGCAAAUGCACGGACCAAUUUGAUGCGGAAAUCAACCCGCUGAAAUGUGUCAGCCAAGGCUGCCCAGAGCGCAUCCCGAGUGACGAACGCGCCCUGUUGCCGUGUGCACAGUGUGGCGCCCUUAAUGAACCCCGUCUGCAAGCGCUGCGCCGUUUCAUGGAAAAGCAUGAAACGGAUUUCAAGCGGGAUACUGCCAUGCAGUUGGGAACGCAGCCGUCGCAAGGAGGUUUAAAGCAUCAGAAAAUGGCCAUUAUCGAAGAGCUGAAUAAGCUGGACAUCCUACAACCGGGAGCGCAUUUGCGCAUGGUGUGCGGUUGGAUUGUGACGGAUGUGUACGAAGAGCAGAAGCGCUUUGAGGAAGCUUGGACGCUGUAUCAGGACUGUAUGCUAUGCACCCGACAAAUCUUCCCCAAGUACCAUGUUGUCCGAGCCCAGUUUCUAGCUUUUGCUGGCCAGUUUGCGAUUACCUGGGCAGAACGAAUGGCGAACGAUCCUCCGAAGAAGUCUGUUACAACGACCGCCCUCAUCCGUGAACUCGUCGAAUGGGGUAGCGGUUAUCUGAAGGAGUCGGCAAACAUCUACUUUAAGUUAUUCGGACGGGCGUGUUUGUUCGCACUCGGUGGAGAGAUGAGAAUCUGCGAAGCGCAGGAAAUUUUACGGACAGUGGAACAUGAUAAUGAGUAA